AUGCAGCGCGCCCAUGCACACGAGGUGAUCGACGGGCUCGCAGUACGCAGUCAGAGCCUGCUGCAUCGGGCCCACGAGUACCUCCUCCUACCACCCGUGGCGGAGACAUCCAUCCCGAUGAACCGGGUCCCGGGAGGGGAAGGGGACGUGGAAGCAGAGGCGCGAGCAGCUUCGCCCGGGUCGCGACGGUCUGCACGGUGGCGGUGUACCCCGGAUGCUCCCAUCAUCGACGGUAUUAUUCCCAUCCCCACAGACGUGGUGGUGCAGGAAUACGUCCGAGGCUGGGAUUACUCGGUGAUGGUUAUUGAAGUGGGCGGGUUCCCCGUCCCGCUGGCCCCCGAACGAUACACCUACCCUCAGGGCUUCCAGCCCUAUGAUGACUUCCUGACCUUUGGGAUCAAGUUCCAUGCUGAGACGAAGGUCACACCCAUCGACUUCGAGGAGAACCCGGUGCUCUUCCACCGUCUGCAAGCGGUGGCCGUCGAGGCCUUCUAUGCCAACGAGAUGCAGGGCCAGAGCUGGUGCAAUGUCGACAUUCGCGUGCCGCCACCGGGGGAGGGCGAGCCCAUCGCGAUCGAAGUCAACCCCAUGCCCGCCGUCUUUCUCCCGCCGCCCCAGGAUUGGGAGGAUGUCUCAGUCCGAAAGUGCUUCCCUGGCGAUCACCGCGCCCUAGUAGAUACCCUCAUCGCCACGCAUCUGAUGGGCCGCCGGACCCGCGAGCAGGCCCAGCAACGCGUGGCUGAAGUCUACGACCACGUGAGUAACAACUACGACGACAACGUCGCAAAGAUGACUCGAAUGGGGGAUAUCUACGACGAGGUCCUGGCCACGGUCGAUUUGGGCUAUGGCACGAUUCUUGACCUCGGGGCGGGAACCGGCUUGUUUGGCCGCGCCCUGCUCCAGAAGCUCCAAUUGACUCCCCCAUCCGAGCUCUCCUCCUCCAUCAGUACCACCCCCUCCUCCUCUCACAACGAACUGGCCCCUGUCCGCCCCUUCUCCCUCACUGCCAUCGAAAUGUCACAAGGUAUGGAGCUGCUCUGCAGCCUCGACCUUCCCAAACCCGACCACAUCGUCAGCAUGUCCGCCCUCUACUUCCUCCCGCCGGUGGAAUUCUCCCUGGUGAUGGUGCGCGCGUUCCAGCUCGCGCAGAAAUCCGUCACCGUCUGCAUCGAUGAGACCCCCGAGAAUUACGAGGCGAAGCUGAUCGAAAUCGGGCCCCCGCAUUCCUACAUGAUCGGGUAUAACCACCUCGAGCAGAUGGAGAAGACCUUCUGCACAUCCGCCCCACCAGGGUGGUCCUUGACUAAGAAGUUCGAGCGGUCAGCGUGGUAUUCGCCAGUAACGGGGAUUGAGGUAUAUGCGACGGUGUUUUGCUUUGAGCGGGCAUGA